UAAGCCCUCAUGCUCUCGACAGACAGACUCAUUUCAGCAACUCCGAAUCAGUAAUUGAACAACAACAACAACAGAAGCCAAAGUAAAAAUGUACGGAAAUAACGGCAUUAUUUUAACAAUUUGCAUUCAAAUCCUGAAUGUCAUAUCAGCAAAAAAUUUUUUUAGAGUGGAGUUGUUUCCAUUAAAGUCCGUGGUUCCUGUUGGCAGUGCUCUGGAGUUAAACUGUCGCGUGAAAGAUUGUCCGGGUGACGCGACCAUCACCUGGCGUGCUCUUGAAGACAAGUCUCACGGUGGAGUUAUUGAGGAUAACCAGACUGUUUCCGUUUCCCGACUCAUCUUCAACAACAUCUUACCUGAACACAGUAAAGGCAUUUUGUGCAAAGCUCAAUGCUCGGGAGAACCGGGAGAGAAACCCGCUGUCGUACAAGUGUAUUCAUUUCCAACAGAUCCUGUGGUAGCCAGAAUAAAACAUUUCAAAGCAAACCAAGUACAAAGGCUCAACUGCACCAUCCACAACAUUUACCCUGCAGAAAAGUUUAAAAUUGAGUGGAUUCGUGGAAAUGAGACCCUUCACAAGGAAGUACCUGGCGAUUCUGUGUUAGGGGACUAUAACGAUGUUCAGAAUUUCUCCUCUACGUUCAACUACACUCCUUCUGUCACUGAUCUGGGCAAGAAUAUCAGCUGCAGGGUAACACUCAAUCUCCCUGAUUUCCCUUUUGAUUCGUACAGAUCAAGUCGUACAACAACUCUUGAAUAUGGACCUGGAACAAUUAACGUUUCCAGUAAUAGCUCAAUAGUACAGCUUGGGGAACAUUUGGAGAUAUCAUGUCAUGCCGAUGGAAAUCCUCAACCAAAAAUCCUGUGGAGGAAAAUUGGGGAGAGCAAUCCCAUAGCUGAGGGUCAGAAUGAGAAGCUGGUAAUAAACAAUGCUUCCUCAUCUCAGGAAGGUUUGUACGAGUGUGAAGCAGGAAAUGACGUGGGGAGCCUACAAAUGCCAGUGAACGUCAUAGUUAAUGUUUCCAAAAUCCAGCUAAAGAAUGGUGUAGACUCAAGUGAAGCUAAAAAUGACUUUGGGAUGAAUAUAAGCAUAACCAACUAUACAGUUAAAGUUUCUCUAAAGAGCCCCAAAAACCAGCUGGAGAAUGGUGUAGACCCAAGUGAAGCUAAAUAUGACGGGAUGAAUAUAAGCAUGAUUAACAAUACAGUUAAAGUUCCUACAAAGAUCCCCAAAAGCCAGCUGGAGAAUGGUGUUUAUCCAAGUGAAGCUAAUAAUGACUUUGGGAUGAAUAUAAGCAUGAUUAACGUUACAGUUAAAGAACUACAGGACAUUUCCACGACACCAGACCUACCAACAGUCAUAGUGCCAGCUGUAGGGUCAGUGUCUUUUCUGACUGCAAUAGCUGUGCUGAUCCGAUACCUUAGGAAAAUCAAGAGAAACUCUUUCAACAUACCAAUGAACUAAACCAAUAAUCUUGGAACCCUGACAAUGCAACAUCAUCUGCGGAUUUUUAUCUAUACAAUUUCUCAUAAACAGGUAUGGAUACAUUG